AUGGCUGACCGCAGGCCAACGUCAUCCUCGAAUGACCGUCUACGGCUGCCUAGCUCCAACGCAGGCGAGCGCGACGAGACCUCAUCUUCGUCGACUGUCCGACCCUCCAACCCUGAGAGUCGCACUCGCACUCCCGCCGUUUCGAUGCCAAUGUCCGCGCCCACACAGGCUUAUGUUCCGCAGCCACAUCCUGGCAGCCUGAUUAACACGACCCGCAAUCCUGCCCCCACUGGCGCCCCCAACAGUUCCCAGCAACAGGCCGCAAAGCUCGCUUUCUUGACCGCAGAGAUCUCCGCUCUCAGGACCAGGAUCGCUGCACACGAGAAAGAGGACGCCAAGCUCAAGGCUAAGAACGAAAAGCUCAAGACUGAGAACAAAAGGCUCGAGACUGAGAACGAAGAGCUCAACACUGAGAACGAACUGUACGAGACUGAGAACGACAAGCUUAAGGAGGAGAAUCGCGUGCUCAAGGCUCUGAACGACACGCUCAUAGAAAUGGGCACCAAGCUCGAAAAACUGAGUUUGAGAAGCUAUCAGGAGCUCCUUGACUGCAGCGGCCUCGUCAGAGCAAGGGAAGGCCAGCUCCUCGCCUCCCUGAGCUUGGCCCAUGAAGUGCUUGCGGGCUGCUUCGCGGGCGGCUACGUCAUGCCCAACGGCCUCCCCGGCCAUCUGGUGUCCUCAUACAAAAAGGCCUUGGAAUUGAGCAAGUCGAUUCCCACGAUGCUCGGCUUAACCGAAAGCGACGCUGGACCGGCGGAUUCGCCUACGAACAUGGCUGACUCCGACGCCAGCAGUGACAGCGACUACAGCUACAGAAGCCAAAGCGACAUCGACAUCGACAGUGAAGGUGACGGCGGCGGCGACAGUGACGGCGACAGCGACGGUGAGAGUGGCAGUGGCAACGAUGGCAUGGGGGAGACCCUCGCCGAGCGCAUUUCCAAGUUACCUGAGUCUGCCUCCGAUGAGCUCGUUGCCAAGUUACUAAAUUGUGAUCAUGAUUAG